ACAUUAACGUCCAGAGUUAUGGAGGAAAAAAAGCUUUGCUCAGAAAACCCUUUUUAUUCUCAUCACAGCUGGACAUGUAGGUCCAACAGAUCGCAUCACUCUUACUGGUUUCCUGUGAGGUUCUAAAGGUUCUGCUGCAAACCAUAGAUGGUACAAACUAACAGUCUACAGUGAGUCAGUUCUCUGGGAGUCAGAGUCCUGGAACUUCACCAUGACUCGGUCCAACAGGAUGUCAGAACUUUGGGCUUUUUCUCGGAUGUCCUUCCUGCUGAUUUGGGUUCUGGUCAUUUCCUCGAUGACGUCUGGCUUCCCUCAUCCUAGACUACCUCUUAGAAACCCUGAAGAUCCACAGGAGGUGAAACCCGAUGACUGGGAUGUUCUGUUCCCCUCCAUCUCCCUCCAUGACUGGAACAUCCAGAUGAUGUCAACGCCGAGCCUGAGAGCGGCAGCAGACAGCAAGGCUGGUCUGAUGAGGGAAGCGUGGCUGUUUGGUCCGGACAGGGCGGAGGCCAGUGUGGAAGGGGUGUGGCCAAGUGAGUGGGCUUCAGGAGGAGCCCGCCUGCUGAAGAGGAACAUGGUGGUGGCCGACGACGCCGCCUUCAGGGAGAAGAGCAAACUCCUGACCUCCAUGGAGAGACAGAAGUGGCUGAACUCCUACAUGCAGAAGCUUCUGCCUUAGAAGCUCUUCUUACCCAGAAUGGGAUCCAGAGGCCUCAGCAGAAGCUCUGUACUUUAUGGAGAUGGAUCAGAACUUGUUCCUCUCCAUCUUAAGUCCUGAUGUCAAAUAAAUCAGCAGCUUUUCUUUAAGCAGAAUCUGGAAUUAUAUUCUGACUCUAAUCUACAUUCUGUGUUUUUUUCUUCGUUUUCCUCCAUUGAUCAAACUUUGAUGUUUGGUUAGAUCAGGCAGCAAACUGCAGGUAGCUCCAGCCUGACACCUGCUGGCCAAUCCCUAGA